ACAAAAGCUGGAGGAUAAGACAUCUGAGAGUGAAAAGCAAAACAAGUGGUGACAGGAGCGCCCACAGCUGCGACUUUGGUUUAUUUCUCAACGUGAAGCUUCUAAAAAUUUCAGGUCAUGAAGUGAACGUUGCAGCGGCGGUUUAUCCAAUGAUUGAGACCAGCACUUUGACCAUGUUGGACCAAACUGAGCCGGCACACUGCACCGUGUGCUGCUGUACGCUGGCCAACAAAAUCCUCCUGGUGCUCUUCAUGGUGCUGUUGAUCUUCGCCAUCUUGUUUGGGAACUUGGUGACUCUGGCUGUGAUUCUUGGGACUAAACACUUUCACACGCCGCAGGGAUACCUGAAGGCAUCCCUCGCCGUGGCUGAUCUGGCGGUGGGGAUAUUCGUGGUGCCGCUGUCCGUCUACGCCGAGGUCUACCUCAUGGUGACUGACUCAGCACCAGAGUGGACUUCAUACAACUCGCAAUCGGUGAGUUUCCACCCGUGCAACGUCAUUGGUCCCAUGUUUGCCGGAUGCACGUUGGUCUCCAUCACAACCAUUUUCCUGCUGACGAUUGAGAGGAGCAUCGCUGUGUUGCGGCCGCUGCACAAGGACUCUGUGAUCACACGUAAAAGGACCACGAUCCUUAUCAUUCUCUCCUGGGUGGGGAGCUUCUUCUUGGCAGUGUCUCCAAUGGUUUUCAGCAGUGAAAUUGCUCUGGAGUACAACUCCUGCAGCCGGAUGUGUAAUUACGCGCUGGGAACCAUAGGCGAGUUCCCCAGCCAGGCGUGGAACAUCCUCCUCCUCUUCCCUGCGUUUGACUUCACCCUCCUCGGAGGAACGGUGGUCAUUAACAUCAUCUCUCUGUCCAGCAUCAGGCAGCACUCAAGGCGCAGGAAACACCUGGCCGAGAGCGAGUGCCAAAACACCACCAAACCUACUUUCUCUGACAUCAAAGCGGCCAAAACAAUAGGGACACUGACUGUGGCGUUCACCGCCUCGUUCACCCCCAUCGCCGUCUUCGUGGUCGGGAACGUUUUGGGGAAUAAAUGGUGCAACUUUUCCUUUUUCGCCUUCUGGAUUUUGGCCACCAACAGUUGCUGGAAUGUCAUAAUUUACAGUGUGAGAGAUCAGAAGUUCAGACUUUGCGCACACAAGCUCCUCAUGCUUUCCAUAGAAAGAACACAACCAAAAGCUAAAAGAGGUUCAGGGACCAUCGUCAUUUAGAUGUUUGUCACACAAACUCUUGUUGAGCGCACAUUGUGAGUCUCGUUACGAGACGUGUCUGCAUGUUUUGUGGAUUGCUGUUGUGAAAUAACAGAUUUUUCUUACAUUGUUAAAAAGCAUGAAACAUUUUCAGAUCACAAAUGUCGAGUGUUAAA